AAGUGAACAAAGUGCUGCAGAAAACUCGUAGGUUGUGGAACGAAAACGUAAAAUUACGUGUUCUUUACGUCGUACAUUUGUAUUUUGAGUUCUUAAACAGGUCGUUGCAGCUCGUGUGUGCAGCUAUGUCUAGUCAGAUUCCGCCACUGGUAUGUCAUACGCCUCCACCUAUAGAUUUUGACGCGGAUGACGAUGACGAUGACUAUGGAUCGGAUAUACCUGAGGACGAUGUAAUUGGCAUCGAUGAUCGGAAUGGGACCGACUGUCCGGAUGAUGAUUUUGGAGAUUUUGCAACAGUACUGCCCGGACCCACCAAUCUGGAUCCGAUUCCUACCGAGGCUGUGAUAGACAAUGAAACGGUGGAACUUACCAGUAUUCCGGUGGCAGCCGGAACCAAAAGCGUUUUCCCAGCACGAUUAGGUUCGGACAGUCCGCCUUCAUUGAUAUUGCCAACAAAUGAGUAUCACGAAGCAGACAUUGAUGAAAUAGCUGGCAACGGAGCUGAAGACGAAGAAGAUAUCGAUUUUCAACCAUUCGGUAGUCCGUCGCAACCGCCCGAACCACCACCGGAAGACAGUAUAAGCCUACCGUCGUUGCACUUCGAUGCGGACGUCUCAAAAUCGGAGGAAGAUGAUCACGUACCUGCCCAGCCCAAUGCCACAAGCUCAACGUCAUCGGGAUCCGGAAUCGAGACGGAAGUGGACCUACCUGUUGCAGCAGCCGCCGAGCGUACAACACCCGUGAUACAGGAGUGCGGACGUUUCGACGAUAACACGGAGAACGAUUUUACGGAUUUUACAACGGCGUCAAAUGAGCGGUCGUCGGUAGUUCUGGAAAUUCCUACCGCGAACGACGUUUCCUUCGAAUUGGAUGAUUUUGCUCAGCUAGAAUCGACACCGUCAGCCGAUAGCAACUUUGUGUCACAGCAGAGUCGUGCUGACUUUGCCACGUUUGAUGCUGAUUUUAGCAAAUUUGACUCAUUCCAAGCAUCGUUCCCGGCAACGAUUGAUGAUGUGGUUCCGGCAAAGACGCCAGUCGAGGAAACUAAAUCCAUGCCUAUCAUUGAACCGACAUCCGUCAAAAAGUUACACGAUCUACAACCACCGGAAGAUGAGUUUGACGAUUUCCAGGAGUUUGCUACCUUUUCCGGCCAGCCCGUCGCCACGGUAUCAACUCAAUUUAUGGAAAAGGCUGAUGUGCGGAACAGUGCAGAAAAUAACCUAGAAUCAUCUACUUCAACUGUGGAAAACGUAAAGCGAGACAUUGAUGCACCAUUGGCUGGCAGUAUUAGUAACGCCGCGAAUAAUACCUCGGACGUUGAUGAUGACGAUGAUGAUUUCGGAGAAUUCAGUGAUUUCAAGCAACCGGAAAGCACAACAACCGAACCACCAAUUUGCAGUUUUUCCAUGGAUAAUGUGCACAAGCUACUUGAAGCAAUGUUUCCAAGCAUUGAUCCUGAAAUGCUUUCAACAGACACAGGACAGCAAACAACAGCACUGUGCAACAUUCCCAGCAACAAGCUGCAUUCCCAGCUUCAGGACUUCGACAAUACGAACGCGCUGGCCUACCAACACAGCAAAUCAACCAGUAGCAAAACGCUCGUAACGGCUCUCGGUAUCGAUUCGAGAAAUAUAAUGUAUGGACCUAAAUGGAAUAGUUCGAUGCCAAGGUUUGCGGCAAAUCUCAGUUUCAACCCGCUGGAACCUCUCAAACCAGUCGCACCGUCAACGGUUAAAGAAACCGGAUCCAACACCAACGAAAAGAAUGCCAAUAUUACGCAAGCCGCCAAAGCCAGUAGCACAUUUGUCGGUGGACUGGAUCAUUUGCACGUUAAUCCAGUUCCAAAUUCAUCCGUUCCAGCGGCACAGUUUGACUGGAACAGUUCGGGUUUGGUUAAUCCACUGGAAGCAUCACAUGCACACACAUUAUUAUUGGACCUAGAACAGCUAGAGGUGAUGGCAAGUCUGAAAGAUAAAAUAAAUGUUGAUUCCUCCUCCUACUCCCCUGCACUCCGGUCCACGUGUAAUGUUGCUAAUACUGUGCAACUUCAUUCGGCUACAACAACGGCCACAACUAUAACUACAACAACACCUUUAUUGCUACCAUCAUCACCUUCACCAACUUUACCACAACCACUACCACCACUACCAACACCAACACCACCACAACCACCAACAAAACUGUCGUCUUCACUGCUUCUGUUGCCAACUACAAUGAAUACUACGCAAAUGUGCAACAACAAUAUUCAACAACCACAAACGAAAAACAACUGCAACAAAUCGUUGGACACUGUUGGUACGGACGGUGGCAACAAUACGGUCCCGUUGAUGGAUUGUUCCACUACGUUACUUGUCUUCGCCGAUUCAAACGACGACGAUUGCGAUCUGUUGAUAUCCACCGACCCAAUAAUACCGUCUGCCACGGUUACUAUAACGACAAACAACACCGCAACCACGCCAUCGGAUGAAUUGGUUUUGAUCGAUACCCCAUGCGCGUUUCCGGUUGGUUUGCAAUCGAUCGUUCCUUCUUCCCACGAUCGUCCACAAACGUUUGACGAUUAUUUGGAUCUUAGUGUCCAGGAAAUGCUCCAAAAAGCCGUUACUGGUCAGCCCGAGGAUGGGACAAAGGGCGAAAUUUUGGAUCCGCAAGUCACAGAAAACUCAAGCCCGAUUGCUGCAGAUGACAUAGCAGUAAAAUCGUCCUCGUUUGUAACAAACCCAGCAACAGCGUCACAUCCGGAAGAGUACGAAGACAUUGGGUCACUUGAUUUUACUGCCGGUAGCAGUGGUGGUGGUAGUAACAAUGCUCAGUAUUCUGUUGCGCCACAAACGGUGCAUCAUGAGCCACAACUGGAGGAGCAACUAGAAUCCGCACUGUCGCAACAUUACGUUUCAUCCCAUCCGCAACCACAACCUAUGUCAAUUUCAUCUUCUCCAAACAGUGUGCCUAUGGUGCGAACUAUAAAGCUUCCAGAAACACAUAUUUUUACGCCCAGUCGGGGAGUGACCCCAAUCUCGCGGGAUAUUACUGAUCGUGACAUUGUUGUGCGGGAAUAUCACGAUGUAGAGUAUAGCUUAGAAAAAUCAGCUGCCACUUCGAUCUCCAGCAAAAAAGAAAUCGAGUUCGACGAGUUUAACGAAUUCCAAUCGGUAUCCGCUCUGCCUCCUGGAUUACCAGACACAGCAGCUGCCAUAAAUCUGGUCGAUUCUGUCAGACCCGUAAUUGGUCGAUCACCUACAGAGGAGCUGGAAAUACGCAGUCAGGAGCUAAUCGAACAAACGAUUAGUAAGACGGAACGUAUCGAAAACAAUGAUGAUGAUGAUGAUGAGUUUUCUGACUUUCAAGCAGCGGUUCUGCCAAUAUCUGCAGUUCCUCCGGUGAAUAAACCCGUUUCAAACGUCCAGAAUAAUCGGUCGAACACAAGCUCACCGGUGAUGUUGCUCAGUCCCGCAAUAUUGCUACCGCAGCAAGCCAACACCUCGAUGGAAAAGGACUCUUCGAAUGCGCGCAAAAAUGCCUCGACGGGUGCGAUCAACUGGCCCGAUCCAGGAAUUGAUCCGGAUGAAUUGGCUAGGUUUGAAGCCGCAUUUGCCAAACCUUCCGUAGCUGCACCCGUCGCUGGAACAUCUAAUGUAGCAAGCAACCAAAGCUUAGCAAGCGCCCCGAAAGCGCCAGCAGUGGAGGAAGACGAGUGGUCGGAUUUCAUAUCAUCCAAACCGGCCACUGAGCUGGCUAUCAAAUUGUCUGCUGCUAGCGUACCUAGUGCUGGAUCAGCACCUACGAGCACUGAAACGGAAACACAGGAGGAAUGGACAGAUUUCAUCUCUAGUACCGCGGGAACGGUCGGUGGCUAUACAUCGCACAAUCGUCUCUCGUCUAGUCAGAAUAAUUUCAACUAUCCACGCGCUUCCCCAGCAGUUGUUGGAGGUAGUGGAACGAAAGCAGCAAAUUCGUCCUGGUCGAACCAACCGCAGCUACCCCCGCCACAGUUUAGCUCGUGGAAUAGUAACAGCCUGUACUACAAUCCGAUGUCCUCGUUGCCUUUAACGAACCAACAGCACCCGUCCCAGUAUGCAGCCCACCAGCAGCAGCAACAAUACUACAACCGGUCGGAAAUGCCUGCCAUGGUCUUUUCUGGUGUUGCUGGCUACAGUGGUUCACCGAAAGUGCCAACCAAUCUUCAACAACAUCACGCACCAAUGACGGGCACCGGAAUAACGUCUAUGAUGAUGGGACAGCAGCCACCUAUGCAGCUUCUACCGGAGCUGUCGUUCAUAACACCUAAUGCGGGUGGUGGACACAGCGCCGGUACAUCCGGUACCAAACCGGCGACACAUUCCUUUCUCAGCAACGUGAUAUCGAGCAACAGUUUUACGAAGAAAUGAUUGUUACUUAACCACGGUUACGAUGGACGACGGGCCGACAGCGAUGCAGGCCGAAUGAAAGCGUGCCGGAAUCGGCCAGACCGAGGUCGCUAUCGUUUGCAUCCCAACAGCAGUGCGACCGAUUCGACUGGUGCAACCGUAACUGUGGGGGACGUAAUUAUGUAAAUACACCGUACAGAUUCCAAUACAUGAUGGGCAUGAGAUGCGCCUAGGUGCCUCAUAUGUUCGUCGUUUUUAGCUAGGGAGAAUAUUUAUGGCAUACCUCUCAUGUAUGCAACAUUCAACUGCAGAUACGCAUAGCAAAUCAAGCGCUCGCGAACAUGCAUAGCUGGAUGACAUCUGUUGUCGUAUUAACCAAAAAAAAAAAACACAUAGUAAAUCCUUCAAGCCCAAAUAUGCUAACUGUGGAGCAAACGAUGUGAACUUGCUUGCAAUCGUGAUAAGUCAAUCCUCGUGCCCCAUUCCUGAAACAAAGCAAAACUAAAUGUAUUUAGGUCAUGCAUACCAGUCGAACUAAUCUUAUAUCGACGGCAUCGUACUUAGUAGGAUUUUACGGCAUACUGUUGACAUGGUUAGAACCAUUUUGUAGGUUGUACGUUUUAUUUAUGUAUUUCUGGUUUUAAUUAUACCCUGAAACGUUUGUUGUUUUUACACACCCUUAGCUGCUGGUCCCAAAAACAGAUCCCACAGCUUUGCGAGUCAAAGUUAGUUGCGUUUCUGUGGUUCGUUUACUUUCCUCUAUCACACAAUGCUUCACCAUGCAUCACGGUUAUUAUUUCAUUUGAUCUGAUAGUUAUUGCAGUGACUGAAGGGGUAGUCGCAAGGAUAUUAGCGUAAACGCGAUGGCGGAAUAGAAUAUAUAUUCGAAUGAACAACAUUUGAUGUUACAUUACAUGGACGAUUCAGCAAACCGUUUAUCAACGUACUGAUGUAGGAAUAACGGCAGGAGAAUUUCGAAUGAAGUAUAAAAGAAAAUUAUUGUUUUCUAUCCUUGUUUCGUUCUACAUUGCGUACGGUAUUUUGUAUUGCUGGCUAUAAAAUAUAAGUUGAUCAGAUGGUUCUUCUUCAUCAAUAAUCGUAA